AGUUUUAGGUAUAAACGCGGUACAUAGAUCGCUCGUACAGGGGUCAAUUAAAUGCAUUAUUGCAAGAUGCACCUAUAUGCAUGAGUAAAAUGUGUAAAGUUGUAGAAGCUAAGGAUAGUUCAACGGACGCAAAGUUCUGAACAAGUUAUGUACUUAGAUGCAAUAAUAUUCGGAUUUGUUUCGUAUGGAUGGAUAGACCAAGGUUGUGUUGCGGUAUCGUGCGUUCCUAGUGUCCGUAUAAGUAAUACAAAUCUGAUUUAUAUCAAUAUUAAUUGAAAUGACUCCCGGAAACACAUCCAUACCGCAACGUGUUAUUUCUAAAGGAGAUAAGUGUAGUAAUUACGACACACACUUAAAACUACCAUCACAAAUUGGGACGGACUACGGCUUCAAGAGAAAAAUUGUGUGGUUUAACGCACUUGGAUUUGUCGCCCUUCAUUUAGCCGCCCUUUAUGGAUACUACUUGUGCCUGCAUGCUCGAUUUUUCACGGUUGUUUGGAUGUUGGCAUUAGUUCUAGUGUCUGGAUUGGGCGUAACUAUCGGAGCCCAUCGAAUGUAUUCUCAUAAAGCCUUUAAAGGUGCAUGGCCGUUACGACUUGCUUUAAUUAUGUUGCACACACUAGCUGGCCAGAACUGCAUGUACAUUUGGGUUCGGGAUCACAGACAACAUCACAAAUAUAGUGAUACGGAUGCAGAUCCGCAUAAUGCCAACAGGGGCUUCUUCUUUUCACAUAUCGGAUGGUUGAUGUGUAAAAAGCACCCGGCAGUGAUAAGUAAAGGAAAAACCAUCGAUUUAUCUGAUCUUGAGGCGGAUUCUUUAGUAAUGUUCCAGAAAACAUUCUAUAAGUCGCUAUAUGCGAUAUUUGCAAUGGCACUUCCAAUAGCAGCGCCUAUAUAUUUUUGGAACGAAACCUAUCUCAACUCACUUUUCAUAAGUUACUUUGCUCGUUACAUUAUGGUCCUACAUUUUACUUGGUUAGUGAAUAGUGCUGCACAUUUAUACGGCACUCGUCCGUAUGAUGAAACUUUAAAACCCGUGGAGUGCUAUCUCAUAAAGUGGAUUUCGGCAGGAGAAGGCUGGCACAAUUACCACCACGCGUUUCCUUGGGAUUAUCGCGCCGCCGAAUUCGGUUCGCAUUAUAGUUUGACGACAUUCGUAAUCAAUAUUUUAGCGGCAGUCGGUUUAGCAUACGACUUGAAGGUAGCGCCCUAUACAAUGGUACAACAUCGAACUUUACGAGCGGGCGAUGGCACCCAUCAUAUCUUUGGAAAGGAAGCUCAAAUCACGCACGGCGACAUACCCUACACGCAAACACCAGAUGUGGACGAAGGGUACUUUGGAGAUUUAAAGGACAACAGUAAUAGGUCAUUAACAAUUAAGGGUUAGCUGGUUACCGGUAGUUAGGUAUUUAUUCGCAACGAGGUGCCGAGAUGAUUUGAGCUUCUCUAAUUUGAACCUUCGUGGGCAUUGCACGAUGAAUUUACGAAAUUUCUAAAUAGUGCGUUUUAAUUAUUUGGUUAUUUAACUACAUAUUUAUUUUUCAAAUAUUUAAGUUCUUCUUACUUCAUUUCGUAUUAAGACUGACGUAUCGGGCACCACAUGUACCUAGUUUGUUAAUUUAUAGUAUGUGAUAGCAUUAGUUUGGAUGAUUGUUUAUAUUAGGUUCAUUCAAACAGGGGAUGAUGUGUAUAGGUAAUUUGUUAAUUAAACUGUGUAGUACGUAA